UCUGAUUAGCAGCGGUGUCUGCCAGCAUGCGUCUGUGUGUGUCCAUUUGUAUCUGUGCCUUCGUGCAUUUGUCUCCUUGUGUGAUUGAACACACAGCGAGGAUUAGCAGCAGAGUCUGAGGCACAAACCGAGUUUUGGACUCUAGCGUUUCCUGAUUCUUUGGCUUGGUCAUGGUCAGCUGCUUUACCCACCAUGCCUGUGUUUUACUCACCUGUUCCAGAGAACCUGCAGUUGGGCCUGAGCUACAUGGGAGGCUCAGUGUUCACCAACAACAGGACGGCAGACAGCGACUUCAGCAGGGAGCAGGAGGACGCCAAUGUGGUCAACGAGCUUGUUUCUCACCUUCCCCUGCAGAUGAUGCUCUACUUCAACAUGUUCUAUUUUCCCUGCUGGUGGUUUUCUGCUGUUUUCAUGUUGGAAGUGAAGUUCUAUUAUCUUCCGGGGUACUACCAGGCUCUGCUCAUCACUGGUAUGAUCCUCCUCACAGUCAUUGAGGUGGUCCGGCUUUAUCUCGGCUACAUUGGCAACCUUAAAGAGAAGGUGCCAGAGCUAGCAGCUUUCUGGCUCCUGUCUUUCUUGUUCCAGCUGCCAGUGCUGCUGUUCUUCGUGACUGAUGAAGGAAUUAUCAUCCUGCCACUGGAGAGAGCUGUCCACUCCCUCUACCUCCUCUUCCUAUUUGCAGAGAUCCUGGCCUCUUUCCUGGCGCUGAGGACCAUGACACGAAAACUCACCCUGCUCUUCCAUCUGCGCCAGUUUGGCAAGGUGCAGAGCUUUCAGCAUGCAGGGAUGAGCCCUGUGUAUGGGAUUCCAUACCAUCGCAGCGUGCUGCCUGUUUCAUCAGCACAUGAUAUGUUCAACUAAAGCAUACAUAUCCUGUCUCAACUUGUAUUGUUAGAUAUUUAAAAUGUGAGAUGUCUUUAGCAUUCAUAUUUACUGUACUUUUGUUUACUUCCGGCCCCUACAACUGCAUUUUGAGGUGUAAAGUAGCUAUUGCUCCCAGAAUACUUCUCAACAACUCUAUGAGAAUGAAAGCUAACGUUUUACCUGAAAUUAAUUGUGCUAUUUUGAACAUAUAAAUACAGCCAUCAAACUAUUUUCUUAAAAACAUAAUGGUGUCACUGUGUUUGUAUGUGACUAUACUGCAUUUUGUUCAGGAGAACUCAAGAUUCAAGGUUCAAUGUUUCUUUAUUGGUACCUAGAAAGGUAGAUUUGUUGUGCAAAGAGGAGAUUCAGCAUUCCAAUAGAUACAUACAAUACAAAUUCAAGGUUAAAAAGAGCAGACAGAACACAUUAGAACCAAUAUCAUUAUUAUAUCAGGUUAUGGCAAAGUCCUUUCACAGACACCCACUCAAAACCUGUGUAGACAUUCAGAGAAAUUAGCAACCUCUUGAAAAUGUAAUUUUUUUUUGAGAUUACAUUACUAAUUCAGAGACAACCAUAAGUCAGGAAGGCCAUGAGCAUUUUUUAAAUCCUAUAUGAAGACAUUUUACUGAGAAUACUCUCAACUCUACAAUCCUGCAACAUGUAUUUUCAUUUACACAUAAACUUCUCAUGAAAUUCCUACCUGAUCGGUUUGUGCACUUUUGAAGUUAAGGACAAACCUGUCACAGUCCUACAGGGAAGUCUGC